CAUCACGCCUAGCCCCAACCACCUCCACCGUCUCUGUCACAUCGAACUCCAGCUCUUCCAUUUGUUCAACAUCACCCGGGCCAGCUCCGUUUCUUUCUCGUCCAGCAUGGCGGUCGACACCAUGGAGGUCGAUCAACCCGCCGUCAAGCCCGAUCAGCCCGUCAAGGAUAUCCGCAGCAACUUCGCUCUCCUAGAGCGCGCUGUUGCUCAGUUCGAUAGUCGUUUCACGCUCCGCGCCCUUCGGUCGAUAUCGUCCAUCCGUAAAACUUUGGACGCCCGCAUCCUAUGCUCUGUCAUAGUGUUGACAUAUCUUCCGAGUAACCCAACAGCCCGCAUUUUGAUCGAGGCAACCGGGCUAGAUGGCGAGGAGAUAGGUCGCGUUGUCUCCCAAUACAAGGAAGAGCUGGCGAUUCUGAAGGGAAAUCCGAAGGAGGUCAUCCCGGAGAUUGAUGUCUACAUAGCCAUCUUGAUCCAGGUCUAUCUCUAUGAUGCCAAGGAGUUUGAAGAUGGCGCCGAAUUCUCGUCGACUCUAGUAGACAAGAUCCGCGAACUCAACCGAAGAACGCUCGACUCCCUUGCCGCAAAGUCCUACUUCUACUUCUCUCUAUUCCACGAGGAACUAGAUCCCAAGCCUCCAUCCAAGCAAUCGCCCGUCAUAUCUAUCCGUGGUAAGCUUCUCGCGGCGUUGCGCAGCUCAGUGCUCCGUAAGGACCAGGACACUCAGGCUGCCGUGACGACUCUCCUCCUACGGAACUACAUCUCGACCGCCGAUAUCACACAAGCCGAUCUGUUGGUGGCGCAGACUCAGUUUCCUUCGACUGCUCCCAACAACCAGGUUGCCCGUUACCUGUUCUACCUUGGACGCAUACGAGCAAUCCAGCUGGCGUACACGGAAGCGCACGAACAUCUAAUCAGCGCAACCCGAAAAUCGCCAACCAAUGCCGUGGCUUCAGGCUUCUACCAGGCGUCGACGAAACUGCUCAUUGUGGUUGAGCUCCUUAUGGGUGAUAUCCCUGAUCGCGCCGUGUUCAGCCAGCCGAACCUCGAGAGCGCACUGGAGCCGUAUUUCCGCCUUGUCCAGGCCGUCAGAGUCGGCGAUCUCCAGGGCUUCCUGAAGGUCGUACAGACAUACUCUUCUGUUUUCCACCGCGACGGAACCUACACCUUGAUCCUUCGUCUCCGCCAAAACGUCAUCAAAACUGGCAUUCGCAUGCUGUCUCUCUCCUACUCCCGAAUCUCGCUCCGCGAUAUCUGCAUCCGACUUGGACUUGAAAGCGAGGAGUCGGCAGAAUACAUCGUCGCUAAGGCUAUCCGUGACGGCGUCAUAGAGGCCACUAUCGACCACGAGAAGGGCUAUAUGCAGACCAAGCAAGCGGGGGAUGUUUAUGCCACUCGCGAGCCCGGCGAAGCCUUCCAUGACCGCAUCCGCGCAUGCUUGUCGCUACAUGACGAGUGUGUUAAGGCAAUGAGGUAUCCCAUGAACCAGCACCGUCUGGAGCUAAAGAACGCGCAAGAGGCGAGGGAGCGUGAGAGGGAACUUGCCAAGGAGAUCCAGGAUGGCGAUAUUGAUGAAGAUGAGGCUGCUGGAGACUAUGACGGGCUAUAGAGUUGGGCCUGGGGCUGGAUCGGCGGGAUGGAGGUGGGUGUACGAUACUAUCCCAUGGUCUUGUAGCAGACAAGUUCCGCGCUGAUAGUGGCGGCGGACAUCAAUGCAUAGAAGAAUUGCGAGGGCCUUAAUGAUAUACAAUCUCCCUGACCAUUUUAGGUAUUCUAUUCAGUGACACUUGUAAGAAAGAUGGGUGAAAACACGACCACACGCGCCGAGAGUACUCGCGAAACGGUCUACUCUGCGAAACACAGGUCCAAAAGCGUCUACACAGCCGGAACACAUCUGUUCAUAGCCACCACCGCCCCUCUUCCUGGCCCCUUUACUCUACUCCCUCAAAACAUAUGUAGAAAAGACGAUCGGCCUAUAGCCAGUAGAUAUACUUCAUCG